CACACAAACUCUCUCUCUUACACACCACCAUCUUUGAAACAUGUCUUUUAUGACAACCUCGCUGGUUUUCUUGCUGACCACCGCCCUCCUCCACACCGCCACCGCCAACUAUGGUGGCUGGCAGAGCGCCCACGCUACCUUUUAUGGUGGCGGCGAUGCUUCAGGGACAAUGGGUGGAGCAUGUGGUUAUGGGGAUUUGUAUAGCCAAGGAUACGGAACAAACACCGCAGCAUUGAGCACUGCACUUUUUAACAACGGAUUAAGCUGCGGAGGGUGUUACGAGAUGAUGUGUGUGAACGAUCCGCAGUGGUGCCUCCCUGGCUCCGUCAUCAUCACCGCCACCAAUUUCUGCCCGCCUAACUUCGACUUGCCCAGCAACAAUGGCGGAUGGUGCAACCCGCCACUCCAGCAUUUUGACAUGGCUCAACCUGCUUUCUUGCAAAUAGCUAAAUACAAGGCAGGAAUCGUUCCCGUAUCUUUCAGAAGGGUUCCUUGCAUAAAAAGAGGAGGAAUAAGGUUCACUAUGCAUGGCCACUCGUACUUCAACUUGGUUUUGAUCAGCAACGUCGGAGGUGCAGGGGACGUGCAUGAGGUCUCGAUCAAAGGGUCGAAAACAGGGUGGCAGGCUAUGUCGAGAAACUGGGGUCAAAACUGGCAAAGCAAUUCGUAUCUUAAUGGUCAAAGUCUCUCUUUUAGAGUCACAACUAGUGACGGAAAGACGACGAUAAGUUAUAAUGUGGUGGGUUCUGGUUGGCAGUUUGGCCAGACUUUCCAAGGGGACCAGUUUUAAUAGUUCAAAAGUGGAGGGGGUUCAUUUGAUAUUUUCGUUAAGAAAUGCCCACUUUUAAUUAAAUUCUUUAGAAAACAUGACGAAUAUUCAUAUAAAAAUAGCAGCAAAGAAUAUGUGUCAUGUUUUUUGAAGCCUCCGGCAAUUUUUUUUUUGGCAUUUGGCUAUAGGGACCCCAUAUAUUUGUAUAAUAUAAUAUUUUAUGCUUUAUGUUUCUAUUUUUGGUCAGUCUGUGAAGCUGAGGUGUUGAAUCGCAUCCGCGAAACGUUGUAUUGAACUGCCCUUAAUAAACGUUAGGUUGUGAUAUGAU